AACGCCUUGAUCCGCCGAAUGAUGCGCUGCCCCCUCAGUUCCCAGCCCACUCCGCCAUGGCUCGUCACGUCGCCGUCCUCCUGCUCGCUGUCGCCGCCCUCGCCGCCCUCGCUGCCGCGAGCCCCGAGGGAAAGGGCCGCCCCCACGACAUCCAGCGCCGCAACAUCAGGCAUUUCUUCCACAACAUUAAGAUGAAGGUCAAGAUCCACCUGGACAUCAACAAGCUCAAGAACUGCCUCAAGAGCACGCCCGGCGUGUCGCAAGCCGUCAAGAACACCGUGCUGGGUUGCUCGGGGUCCGCCGCCGGCGGCAUGGGCGCCAUCGCCGGCUGCGCCGCCAGGAAGGCCGCUAUCCCCGCCGCGCGCGCCACCGCCCACCUCGCCGUCUGCAUGGGCUAGACCUGGCCCGCACCGACCGUGGAAAAAUAAAGACUCCGCAGAACCACGGGAUAGACUGCGUCGUUGAAACAUUCCAACGGGCAAAACAAAGGCCCUACAGGGGCAUGGACGAUUACCGCCCCUGGAGCAGCGUCAACUCGGUUUGCGCCACUGCAAGGGCGUGGGACUUCUAGGCAAAAUUUUGAUAUCCUUCAAAAGUUCGAGCAAAAGUUCAAGCCUGUUACACCGCGUUAAGGGCGUUAGA